GCAUCGAUCGAGUCGAGGUGCAUCACCAAGCUCACCUUGAACCACUGGAUCAUGGGCUGGGUGGUUCGGCAUGCAUGGUGGAUCUUGUCAAGGUACCCAGUGAAGGAGGAUGGCCUCACGCCCUGCCAGCACCUGAAGGGCCGCGCGCACGGAGGAGCGAUCUGCGAGUCCGGCGAGACGGUGGUGUACAGGAUCCAGAGCGCGCCCCACCACAAGGCGGAUAUCCGCUGGGGCAAAGCCGCCUGGGUCGGGAAAGACAACCGCACGGACGAGCACCUCCUGGCGACCGCUGCUGGUCGGAGGACGGCGAGGACGAUCAACGGGCGAGUUGAGGAUCAGCGAUGGUCCAAGAGCCCGUUCAACAAGGUCGAGUGCGCGCCGUGGGACAGUCGCGCAGGACCUGAGGCAGCGCCGCCUCCCCUGCGCCGCCGCUACAUCACGAGGGCCAUCGUCGAUCGAGUUGGACCUGCACCUGGUUGCGACGGUUGCUACGGGCUUGGACACCCACGCACCGAGUCCUGCAGAGAUCGGAUCGAGAGCCUGCUGAAGGAGGAACCUCCAGCGCAGGAGCAGCAGGGCGGAAUGGAGCUCGGGGUGAUCGAGAUGGACUGGAAGGGGGCCGUGGUGACGGAGACGCCGAGGAGGAAGCAGGAGGUGAUCGCGGGCCUGUUUGUCAACAUGGCGACCGCGGCGCUGGCGCUGACAUGCGGCGCCAUCCCCUACGACGGCGACAUGGGCACCAGCAAGCACAGCCUCUACGACAGGGAGUCGACCUACCAGAACGCGUUCGGGGCCAGGUCAGGCAGGAGGCCGGGCCCUUCCUUGGUGAAGCAGGGCAGGGAGAAGGAGCACAUUCAGAUGGAGGAGUUCCAGGUCUUCGACCGCGCGCCUAAGAACUUCGCGAAGGGCAAGCACGUCUGCGGGAAGUGGGUCGACGAUGAGCGUUACGACGACAACGGCAGGGCGUCGGUCAGGUCGCGCAUCGUGGCCGCGCAGUUCGCCUGGGACGUUCGGGAAGACACUUUCGCAGGCGCGCCACCGCUGGCCGCGUUCAGGCUGGCGGCCCCCGUCGCAUCAAGCCUCUACCCCACGGGGGCCGGCUACGACGGCAUGCUCGCUCUUUGCGACGUGUCGGUGGCAUUCUUCCACGCGCAUAUCGACGCGUAUAUCUACGUGGUGCCGCCCAAGGGAGAGGAGCCCGAAGGUAUCGUGUAUCAGCUGAUGAGGGCACUCUACGGCACCAGGAGGGCUUCGUUCUUGUUCCAGAACCUGAUCAUGGAGGUGACGGUUCAGGUUUAUUACCACAAGGAGCGCCUGCUGAUGGUGAUUGUUCAUGGCGAUGACUUCCUGGCUGGAGGAAGGAGAGACGCGCUCGACUGGCUGGACGAGCUGGCGAAGAGCCAUUUCAAGGUCAAGGUGAUGCCCAGAGUCAGGAGUCCGAGGCAACGAGGAGUUGAGUCAGGCAGCUUCCUCAAGCGCACAGUGACGCGGUGUCCCGAAGGUUUCGGCAUUAUGCACGAUCGCAAGCACGUGGAGAUCCUGGUCAGCACCAUGCUCAGUAGGAAGAUCGUCAAGGGCAACAUCACCAAGCGUACGAUCACUCCGUCUUCCAAGACAACCGGUAAGGACUGCAGAGAGCCAGCCGACGAGCUCAGCACGGAGUACGCGACCACCUACCGCAGCAUGGCGCCUACCGCACUCUACGUCGCGCAUGGCCGCUUCGACAUCCAGCAGGCCGUCGGCUACCUCAGAAGGGGCAUGGUGGCACCGACUUGGAACCGUUGGCUACUGCUUCAACGCUUGGCCAGCUACCUGGAGCAGCACCCGCAGUUCGAGCUCUUAUUCGAGUUCCAGGGGAUGCCGAAGGUUAUCGUGGCGGAGGUCGACAGCGACUGGACAUCAGAGCCUGGUCGUAGGUCCGUGGACGGCGGUUUCUUGUUCAUUGGUUCGCACCUGAUCGACGGCUGGAGCGGCCAGCAGGGCAACCACGCCCUGAGCAGCGCCGUGGCGGAGUUCGCGGGUGUUGUGAACGGAUCGGCGAGGGGCAUCUGGCUCCGCAACGUGAUGUUGGAGAUGGGCAUCGAGGUGGCGCUGCAGGUCAACACGGGCGGCUCUGGAGCUAAGGGCAUCGCGUCGCGCCUCGGGCGCGGCAAGGUGCGCCACCUGGAGACGAAGUACUUCUGGGCGCAGGAGAAGGUCAGGGACAGGACCAUCGCGAUGGCGAAGAUCCACACGGAUGUCAACAGGGCCGACAUUCAGACAAAGCCGCUGGAGGGGCCGAGAUUCCUGAAGUUGCUGGCGUUGCUUCCACUUCGGACACCGUCCUCAGGGCGCACGCAGGUGUUCGGAGUCAUGCUGGCGACCACCAUGCUCGGUGGAGUUCAGAGCUCGGCAGUCAUUCCAUACAACCAGGCGGUGAUGGUGGUGGGCAUUUCGACCGUGGCAGAGCGGAUCUGGACGACGAUGCUAACAGUGAUAUUCGGCUCGACGCUGGCGAUUGCACUCCUGGCGACUUGGAUCGUGUACCGCAUACGCAAGGCGCCGUUGCGGUUCUUGAAGGGCCUGUGGGAGCUCGUGAAGGCCGACGAGGACGAGAACGGGCUGGUGGCGCGUCCGCCGGCUGAGGAGGAGUAUGAGCAGCCAAUCGACAGGCUGGAGAUCGAGGACCGCUCGAGGGCAAGCCGCCGCACGCAGACGGUGCCCGUGCCGCCCUACUGGACGUGGGGCGCAGUAGACCUCAGAGCGGAGUGGGAGCGCCUGAGGACAUACCACGGUCAACUCAAGGCGCAGAUGGUUGAGGACCUGCUCAUUGGAGCAGGGCGCAAGUGA